AUGCUAGAGCAGAAGCUGAAAGAGGCGACGCAGACGACGAUGGAGAACAAGGAGAUCGCCGACAAGCGGACGCAGCGGGAGAAGACGUAAGCAUAUACUGGUCUCACAUCAUUUGGUGAGGAGGAUGCAGGCAUACAUCGAUCGAUGCAUACGUCCAUUGAAUGUCCCUUGCGCUUGUGUCUCACACAGGGUACACGUCACCUCGUCCGAAGCCCCCGCCCCAGCAAUCAGCGGCCCUCGUCGCCCCGACAAUCCCCCCGCCGCCGCAAACGACCCCGCCGCCCGCAGCGUCACACCGCCCUGCCAGCAUGCCCAGAGGUCCACAUCCCGGCCUUCUUGGCAACUGCUGGAGCAGCUCAGCCGCCGCCCACCACCACCACCGUCGAGGAGACGCUGGACCGAUGCGAGCCACGCAUCAGGGAGCUGCUGGAGACGCAGGGCAGGGUCACCGAGGCGGCCGAGUCACACCUCCGCCGCUCAUAUGGCGUCAGCGAGGAGGACCUGGAAGAGCGGAUCCAGCAGCUCAAGGAUCGGCUCUACUGGCAGAGCCAGGGGUGGGGGGAUGUCGCUGCCUACAUUUUAUAUUCUGCCGUCUCUUGUUUUGAAUGUGUGUGCAUGAGCCUGGCUGAGCGAGCGAGAUAG